AUAUUCUAAAGUCUUAAGGGAGAGGAGACUUCAAUCCUUGAACUGGGUAGUUUUCUUCCUAUCUUUCACCAACUCUAUCGGGGCUUGAUAUAUGAUGGCAAAGGGCUGAGACUGAAAGAACUCUCAUCUAUUGCCAACAUGCAAUCUGGAUUUCCGCAUUCCUUCCAUCUGUGGAUAUAUGAAUUUUUUUCCCCAAUCGCAGGAACAGACGAACUUGGGAAAAUGGCACCACAUGGAUUCAGAAGUAAGGUCUCAAAGACUUCUGAGGGAUUGAUGGAGACUUAACAACACUCCAGACCAUUGCCUUGCCAUGAAUACUAGAUCUUUGGGACCACAGUACUUGCAACAACAUGGGGCUUCAGGACAGCCAGCAUUGCACUAAGAAGAAACCCAUCUUAAGUCCUCCCUUAUGGUAAUAGAGAUCUUACUGAAUGGAAAAAUCAAAGAAGGAAAAGACUACCAGUAGAUUACAGCAGACUGCAAAAAGCUCAGCAAGGCCCAACCAAAUAAUCCUCACUAGUGAUUCCAACCUUCACAGCAAUUCACCAGGAAGAGAAAAGCUUAAUACUUCUAAAAUCAUAAAAAAAAAUACUAAGAUAAAGAGACCAGGUACUGUCACCCUACUGAAACGAUCCAACAGGGGAAGCAUGUCUGAUGGUCUGGCUCGGCCUCCCAUAAUCCCACCCAGAAGACCAGCAUUUAAACUAUGCUACAUUUGUGGAAGAGAAUUUGGUUCUCAGUCCAUUUCCAUUCAUGAACCCCAAUGUUUACAGAAGUGGCAUAUUGAAAAUGAUAAGUUACCCAGAAAUCUCAGGAGACCAGAGCCCCAAAAACCAAAACCUCUUAGUGGUACUGGCUCUUAUGAUUCGCGAUCUAUUAAUGAGGCUGCCUUUGAGAGUUCUAAAGCUCAACUGGUGCCUUGUGAACACUGUGGCCGAACUUUCUUGCCUGACCGUCUCAUUGUUCACCUAAGAAGUUGUAAGCCAAAAGUUAAUUUCUCAGAGAGUCUCCCCAGCAAGAAGAAAACCCUUGGUGGAUUUGUGUCCCCACCAAAGACUCUCCUCUGUUACAUCUGUGGCAAAGAGUUUGGCAGCCAGGCCCUUUCUGCUCAUGAGGCUGAGUGCCUGGAGAAAUGGAAAGUAGAAAAUGAGCGACUCCCCAAAGAGCUCCGCCAGAUAGCCCCUCAGAAGCCAAAGCAUUAUUCAGCCCAGCCAGCUAAGCCUGAGAAGAAGGAAACUUCUGACAGUCAUGAUGGUCAGAUAAUGGUUUGCUCCAAGUGUAACAAGACCUUUAAAGCAGAUCGUCUUCAAAUACAUGAAAAAAUUUGCCAAGUUCAACCCUCUGAGCCCAGCACCUUUGGAAGUAGAAGCGGUGGGAUGGAGGCGGUCAAAAUUCAGCAACAAAAGAGCAAGGCAGGAUCCUCCAGAUCUGACAAGCCCUUAGUGAUAAGACGGCCACCAACAAUUAUUUGCUACAUUUGUGGGCGUGAAUUUGGAACUAAGUCCAUCAGUAUCCAUGAGCCACAGUGUCUGAAAAAAUGGCAUAAUGAAAACAAUUUGUUGCCUAAAGAGUUACGGAGACCAGAACCAAAAAAACCAGAAGUCAGAACCAUUGGAGCCAAAGGCUACUAUGAUCUGGAUGCUAUAAAUGAAGCUGCCUGGGAAAGUGCCCAGAGCCAGUUGGUUCCAUGUGAUAACUGUGGGCGUACUUUCCUGCCAGACAGACUAGCCGUCCACCAGCGGUCCUGUAAACCCAAACCAGCCAAGUAAAGCCUUCUCUCUCAACCAAAGUGUUACAGAACUUAAUCCCAUUUGAAAGUGAGGGUGGGAAGGGGAAGUAAAUGAGAGAUAAAGUAGUUGGGAUAACAGGUUCAGAGGCUAAUAAAGUAGCUGAUAAAGGGAAUUAGGAGAGGUAGAGGAGAAGCAUGGUUAAAGCCCAUCAAGGCAUAGCCCCAUUCAUUAAUAAUUUUUGCCAAUCUACCAUGAAUAUUCCCUUAUUUUUUGCUCUCAAUUGAUAGCUUAGUCAGUGAUAGUCCCUGGCACAGGGAUGUUUUGGGGAUAUAUUUCCCCACAGUGUCAUUCAACAUUACAAAGGUGUUGUUAUUCAGCAAGCAUAGUGCUGGCCUUAGCUUCCACAGGAAACAUGGAAAUCGAUACCUGUCAUUUCCUCCAUUGACUUUUUCAUGAACAAGACUUUACCUCAUGAGUGAAGGUCCUUAUUCAGCUGAAAAGAGCUGCGUGGGCAGUGGUGGGGUUCCAGUGCUUCUAGAAGCUAUUUCCCAGUCCUCAUGAAGCUUGGAUUCCCCUUCUUUCCUAACCUCUGUUUUCCUGAAUUAUUAUGCUACUUUCCCCUUUUUGGGUCCAAGAACAAAUGUUAAUUGAACAGAAGAGGUAUUCAGAUGGAGUUGUGAAUUUCAAGUAUUGUGUCCAAUUUUUACUCACCCUCUGUCCAAUAGUCAGCUGGGGAGCAAAGGCCUUUUCCAUCAAGUACAAUCACAAAGAAAUCAUAGAAUAAGUACCUCCCUCAAGGUUUAGGAGAUUAUCCAAUACCCCUGUGUCAGAAAAGGGUGGAGAUUACCCCCUUCCUUCUAACAGAAAUCAACCUCAUCAGAGCUCCCAACUCCCUCAUUGUGGUUUAUAGGUAUUUCGUUAUUGAGCUCCAACAGCCUUUCCAAGAAGCUGUAUGCCUCCCCACCCAUGGAUCAUACACAGACUGCAAAUUGUGAAACUUUCAUAACUCCUGAAGUCACACAUGCACAAUGAGAACACACACAUACACACACAUGCACCCCCCCCCACACACACACACACAUACAAAGAAGUAGAGUUAACUUGGGAAGGGUCCAGGCCCUUCCAGGAGCCCACCGCAGGAAACCUGCUCCCCCAAGCAACUCCAGUUCUCUUCAGCUCCAGGCUUCUUGCUCUGUGCCUUUGUUUAUUGUAUAUCUCCCUUCCAGGGCCACUUUAGAUCAACUGAUGUUCAGUAGACUCCACAUUCUUGAUCUUCCAUAGUAUAAACAAUACCAAAAUAGAGACAGCUGUAGCUAUCCUGCCAGUCUCACCCACAUCUCUUCCUUCUAUGAUGAAGCAGGCCAGGAGAAUGAGGCCAACCAUUCUAGAUAGAUCCAUUAAUAAGUAACAGGACAAAGUAACUAUUUUAAAAAAUUUCUUACUAUCCCUUCCAAAAAGAAUGGUUAGAGAGCUGGCCAGGAAGAACUGCAGUUCAAUACUUGCCCCUAACAUCUAGGCAUUGCUAUUUGACCCUGGGCAAGGCAAGCAACUUCUUAGUGUUCUAGGCAACUCUAUAAAUCUAUAAGUUGCAGAGACUCUACUGACCAGCAUUGAUAGAGGGAGUUCCUGAUCCUGAAAGUUCCCUAGAGCAUGGGAAUCCCAGGUCCAGUCCCUAUCCCUGCAAUACCCUAGCUCUGCAUUCUUAACCUUAUUUUUUUGCAUCAUGGAACUAUAUUGGCAGUCUGGGACCUAGCUUAAGAUAACAUCUUCAUUUGUAUUUUUUUGGGGGGGGAUGGGAACGGAGGAGUAGUAAGUAGCUUUGAUUUAUGUUAAUCACUUGUGUGCCUAAAGCACAGCAUCAGUAGAAUUUGACAAAUGCCAUAGUUGAAGGCUAUGACAAAUGUUAGAAGUCUAUAUAUAAUAUUUAGUAAUUAUAUCAAAUUAGGGAUCUAACCUUCAAAUCCUGGCUCUGCCAUUUAAUACCUGUGUGACCUUGAGCAUAUCACUUAAUUCUGGGUCUUACUUUUUUCAUCUGUAAAAUGAUGGGAAAGGAUUAAGCGAUCUUAAAGAUUCCUUCUACCUCUAAUGAAUUGGCUGUAUAUGUAUUGCUGGCCAUUUUCUUUGUUUGUUUGUUUGUUUCUUUCUUUCUUUCUUUUGAUGAGGCAAUUGGGGUUAAGUAACUUGCCCAGGGUGACACAGCUAGUAAGUGUCAAGUGUCUGAGGUCAGAUUUGAACUCAGGUCCUUCUGACUCCAAGGCCAGUGAUCUAUCCACUGUACCACCUAGCUGCCCCAGUUACUGGCCAUUAGAAUCAAGUAAAUGUUCAUAGGGCUAGAUUAUGUUGUUUGAUAUUUCAAAGGUUUAUGCUGCAUCCUGCCUGGUCAAAGAAGCAAAAAGCAGGAACAAAACACAUCUGCUCUGGCUCAGUCCUCUUAGGACACUUGGAAAAAUGGAAAGAAUCUAAGGCACUUUACUCCCAACAUAUAUUCAAACACAAUGCUUGAUUCUAAAGUGUGAGAGUCUUUGAAACAGCUGAAAGGGAUGAGUUUUGUGUGAAUUUUUACAGAAGGAGAACCCUCAGUCUGGCUGAGUUAAUGCCGCAAUGGCACAGCCCAGCCUGGAGGUCCUACCUUACCAGUGGUUUUAAGGAAGAGAGUCUCAAAGUGUAUUAUGUAUUGAAAUCUGGAACCAAGCAACCAACUGUAAUGACAUCAAUGUACAAUUGUUGGCAGGGUAUCAAAACAAUGCAACAGCAUUUUACUAAGAGGAAACAGUUUGCCUGCACCUCCUCCCAAUUAAUUGGGGUGGGGAGGGAAAAGAGGAGAGAGGAGAGGAGAAGAAAAAGAGGGAGAGAAAAAAGGAAAAGGGAGAGGGAGAAAGGGGUGAAAUGAGAGAGACAGAGACACACAGACACAGACAUAGACACAGAGACAAAGAUGAGGGAGGAAGUGAGAUAGAAAAAGGGGAGGAGAGACAUUUUCUUUUGGCUUCAUUGUUUAAACCAGACAGACAGACGGAUGAGAGAUGGGUCUCACGAAUAAAAGAAUUUCUCAUACAGUGGAUGGUACCUCCAGGAAUUCAAAUCAGAUCAUCUGGGAAAAGUACAGUUAACAGUUCUGAAGAUUAUUUCCUAUUGAUGAUACAAAACAGACAGGUUAAAGUACUUGGGACUUUGGGAGUGAGCUAAACUUUUACUGGCACUGAGCUUAUUACCAUUAUUGUUAUUGUUAGUCCAGGUCUGUGAUUUCAUCUGUUUGGGGGUACUCCUGUUGUGGAAACAGCUGUAGAGUUGCCUAGGGGCACUGAGAGAUUAAAUGAUAUGUCCAUGAUCAUAUGGAUAAUGUGUGUCAGAGGCACACUCUAGCCACUGCGUCCUGCUACCUCUCAAUAGUAUUUUAGGCAUCCAAAAAUGCCAUGACCACCUGAGUUCAAAUCCAGCCUCAGACACUUGACACUAGCUGUGUGACCUUGGGCAACCCUCAUUGCCCCACAAGAAAAUUAAUUAAAAUUAAAAUAAAAAAAUAAAAAUGCCAUGACCCUUUUAAUUGGUGCUGAGCAAACUUUAAUUUCCCUCUCUUAGUAUAUGUAGUUGUUGGGUUGGGACAUAUCCCAGGAUUUCUCUGAUAAUAUCGACUUGAGUAGUCAUUAACAUCAUUAUCAAGGCAGGACAGAGUGUGCUCACAGACAAGGAAUGAUGGGGCUUGAAUGUGGUCAGUACUGUACAAGUUUCUCAGUGCUAAGGAGGAGAGAGACUUCUUUCUGCUUGGGAAGAGGCAGUUCACCCUCUGGCUUUACAUGUAUUUCUGUUAGAAAUAGGUCAUGUGAGCUCAUCGGGCAAUUUAGUAGCAGCCACAGGAACCUCAAAGGGAUAUAAGCUGGCUAUGGCCUAGAGGGAACUGAAUGUGAGCCAAAGGUAUAGAAGUCAAUACAAAUACAAAGCCUCAGAGCUUUUAGAAGUGACAGGUUAGGGCAGCUAGGUGGCACUGUGGAUAAGCACUGGUCCUGGAUUCAGGAGGACUUGAGUUCAAAUGUGGCCUCAGACUCUUGACACUAGCUGUGUGACCCUGGGCAAGUCACUUAACCCUCAUUGCCAUGCCAAAAAAAAAAAAAGUGACAGGUUGGAGGGUAGGAGGCAACUCCUAUCUCAGGAAUACAUUCUCAGGAACAUCUCAGGCCUGAGACUCUCUCCUCUAUAAGGGCUACUCCUAGCACAUAGGACACUUUCUGGGACAGAAGGAAGAAAGAGCCCUAGGGACUUUGGGAAUGAAAUCAGACUUUGGUGUCUCUAAGUUUGACUCAUUCUGGUGUGGAGCCACUUGCUGUCUUUCAUUCACCCUGCUUUCCCCCCCACUUUGGCCCCACAGUCAGGCAAAGGAAAGGAGAGAAGCUUAACCUAUUCUUUCACCUGUGAUCAAGGGUGCAUUCUUUCCCUUGGCAACUAUUCACUUUCUCUUAUCACAAUGAGUCAUUGUCCAGACCACAUAAAUGGCUUUACCUGCUUCUGCUAGCACAGUACAUGCCCUGUGAAUACUGUGGAGAGAAUUGAAAAAUGUUUUCCUGCAUUUGGAAAACAAAACAAAACAAAACCCACUGGAAUACUCAUAGAUUUGUAGCAUUUUAAAGCUAGGGAGAACCAAUCCGUUUUAGAGAUGAGGAUAUUGUGGUGAAGAGAAGUGAUAAUACUUUCCCAAUAUCAAACAGUAUGUAAUAGCAGAGAUGGAACUAGAAACAGAUCUCUUACCAUCCAAUUCAGUGCUCAUCCCUCUACAAGAUGCUUUAAUUGCUGACAAUUACUCAAGGGAGGGAGCUAUCUGGGGAGGUGGUGAGAGGGAAAUGAAGCUAUAGUAUCAAGGAAAUCUUCAGGCUAGUGUCAGGAGACCUGAGUUCUAGUCCUCCUUCUAUACCUUGCUUAUUAAGUCAUCUAAGAUCCCUUUCAAUUUAAAAUCCUCUGCUAGGGUCUUGGGCAAGGCAUUCUUUGGGCAUCAAGAUCAUCUGUAAAAUGAGGGCAUAGGAUUAAAUUAUCUGUAAGAUCUUAUUCAGCUCUGACCUUCCUUAUUUUAUUAUUUUAUGUACAAGAAUGUAUACCUCAUGUUAAACUCCCAUUUUAAAAUCCCACUGAAACUCAGGUUAACAAGUUUAAAAACUUUUAAGCCCUUACAUUUUCCAGGCAUUAUACUCAGCACAGGGAAGACAAAUAUUAGCAGAGUUUUUGCCCUCAUAGAAUUUACAUUCUAAUGGGAGAAGAAAACAUUUUUUAAAAGGGGGAGCUGAAAAGAUGGGCAUGGGGGAGAAACAGAGGAGAAGGUACUCAUUUGGGGGCAUGGUAGAGAAAAUCUGGAGAACCAGAAGUGGAAUCUGGAAAGGAAUGAAGACUAGUCUGGUCUGGCUAUUUUCCUUCUAAUGGAAGUUCUGGGAGGAACCAACCAAUCAGAGGAAGGGGUACUGGGGUGGAGAAAACUUCCAGGCUGAGAAGUCCAGGGGUGAGGUGAGCUUCAAAAAUGAGGAGUCUUUUGUGGCAAAUCAGAAAAAGUUUAGAGUCAAGAGCAGAACCCAGAGAGGAGAAGAAAGAAAUUUAAUUUGAAUAAAUCUUGGGUUCUUAGGGUUUAAAGCUAGAUAAGACCCUUAGAAAUUAUCUUAUACAAUUCCAUCAUUUUUUCUUUUUACAGAUGAGAAAAAUGAAGUUCAGAAAUGGAAUUGCCCAGAGUGAGAGGUAGUAAGUGAUAGAGUUGGGAUCCAUACCUAGGUCCUAACAAAUGCCCAUUUCAGGUACACAAAGAAGGAAGAGAGACAGGAGAAGGUCCUUGUACUUCCAUAGUUACAUCUGCUAGCAUCAUUCAUGAAAUAGCAAUGAAAACAAGAACAUUGUUUAUUAAAUUAUUAAAGUGAACUUGAGCAUGAACAAACUGAAGAUGUGAUCAAAGAUGUGUGAACAAGUCACAGUAGGCAUAUUUUCCCAGUAUAAGAUGAGCUAUAUGAGAUAUAGUUACUUUAAAAAGUGUGUGGUUCAAUAGAGUCUGUGUCAGUUGGCACCACUGACUACAUAAACCCUUUACCUUUUUACAAAAAUGGCUUUCAAAUGCAUAUAGUGGGUGAAUGACAAGAGAAAAGCUUAGUAUUCAGUUCUGGGGGGAAACUACAGCUACUACUUCAGGUACAUUGGGUAGUAAAAUAUCUAGGAUCACAUACUUUGGAGUGGGAAAGAUCUUUCAAGAUCACCUAGUUUUACACCCUCAUCUCAUAUAUUAGGUUCGGAGAACCAAAACAACUUCACUAAGGUCACAAAGCUAGUAAGUAUUAUAACAGCCAGGACUCAAAGCCAGAGUCUCUGAUUCCACAAGCAGGGCUCUAUCCAUUAUAGUGUGAUGUAUAAAGAGUAUCAAGACACUAAAUAUUGCUUUAAUUCAGUCAAGCAGAAAACAACAAUGAUCUUGAACAUGUUUAUAAUGUGUGUAGAACAGACAGCUCUGACGGUGGAUUUCUACCUUUCUGGAGAAAAGCAUUUAAAAAUUUUAAACUCUACAAUACCAAA